AUGGGUUUCGCUCUGGUUCUCGUACUGCUAGCACUGAUUCAAAAUGCUUCGGCCAAAGAUUUGGACCCGGAAAUCUUCAUGGAUGUGGUGGGAUUUUUGAAGAAUUUUUCAUCUGAAAACUUUGAAAUUUUAGAAAAGUUUUUUUUUAUUUCGUUCUUAUUUGUAGAUGGGAAUCAUCAAAUAUUGGGGGUAUCCAGUGGAAUCUCACACGACCGUGACGAGUGAUGGCUACAUUUUGACGAUGCACCGAAUUCCAAAUGGCAAAAGUCUCUUUUUCUUCUUUCUUUUUUUCGGACUUAUUUUUUGGUUUUCAAUAAGCCAGUUUUACGCCCCACACAGCGUUUUCCAAACGGCGACAGAUUUGGUCAGUGGGCGUGGCUUAUUGCAACUGUGGCGCGGUUUUUUUUGCAAUAGGGGCGCGGUAAUAAGAGUCGGGUUGUGUAGAUUUAGUGGAAGUAAAACUUUCUUUUCUUUCCGAGUUUCUUCAAGUUUUUGAAUGAAUCGUAUGUAUUUAUGAAAAUAAUGGAUAUAUUUAAAUUAAAAGUUAACGAAUUAGUUUCUACAAAAUGAGUCACCUUUCAAAAUGUCUUUUUCGAAGAAAUUUCGUUGUGAAUAAAUCCGAAAAAUCGAUUUUGCUUCAAAACUGUUAUGUUAAUGAUUAGUUUUUACGCUUGUUAAGAUUCAGAUAACUUGUUUUUCUAUAAUGCAUGUUUUUACCUUGCUAGGAUUCAGACAGCGGACCCAACUGGCCAAAUGGAAAAAAGCCUGCCGUUUUCCUGCAACACGGACUUCUUGGCGAUAGCAGUCAUUACGUUGGCAAUCUUCCAGGCCAAAGUGCAGGUUAAUUAGGAAAAAAAUAAUAAUAUAAAUCAAUAAUUAGUUAAGCUUACAUGUUUGCCGAUGCUGGAUUCGACGUUUGGAUGGGCAAUAUGCGAGGAAACACUUACAGCAAGAAUCACACGAGUUUGAGCCCCAAAAAUAACGAUUUUUGGAGGUUUAGGUUGGUUUUGAUGUUCAAUAUCGGUUUUUGGGUUACCCAGGAAAGCUAGAGUGGUCUUUAUAGGGGUUAGCGAAAAAAAAAACCCCAUAGUGGGCAAAAUAGUGUUCCCUGGAGUGCUAAAGUUUAAGUGGUCCCUAUAGGAGUGUAAUUUGAGAAGCGUAAGUCCCUGAAGCUUUAGUGGACAUUAUAGGGUUCUUCAAAUUUCUGUCAGAUAUGAAAGUUGAAAAGGUCACUAACCUGCGCCCCUAGAGUGGCCACUUUGCAAGCUUUAGUUUCUAGGAGAGGAGGGACCCCUUGAGAGUAAUCUACAAGAGCCCCUAAGGGGGCCCCUUUAGUGACCACUCUGGAGUUUCUGUUUCUUUAUCAAAUGGUUUUUUUAUAUCUUGAAAUUGACUUCAUGUAGUUGGGAUGAAAUGGGUGCUCUCGAUUUGGAAGCGAUGAUCGAUAAAGUCUUGGAAAUAACCGCACACGAUUCUCUGUACUACGUUGGCCAUUCCCAAGGAACCUUGACCAUGUUCUCCAAAUUGUCGCUGGAUAAUGGCGGACAGUUCUCAAAGAAAGUUUGAGUUUCCCGGAAAAUAAAGAGAAAUUUGAAAUUUUUCAGAUCAAGAAAUUCUUCGCCUACGCUCCCGUCAGCUCCGUGAAGAAUAUCGAAGGCGGUUUGGCUUAUCUGGCUCAUCAUUUCAGUUUGGAACUCGAUGUGAGAACUAUUUCAUGUUUCAGGAAAACUGUGAAAAUUAAAGUGCUGAAGAACGUCAGAGUGGUCACUAGAGGGGUAUAACCGAUUCACGGCUAGCUUGGGGCGUGGCGUAUCUGAAAAAGAAACCGAAAAAUAUAAGGGAAAAAAGUCGGAAAAGGAUUCGUCGGAAAAUUUCCUAGCGAUACGAAAAAAAAAACGAAAAAGUCGCCUUUCGAAAUUCUGCUGGCUUUUUUUUCAUACAACCUAAAAUUUAUGUGGUUUCUAUUGCAGUUUCGGAUUUGACAUGUAAGACCCUAAAGUGGUCCCUAUAACGGUUUUUGAACUUUUUUUUCUGAAAGUUGAGAAGACAGUGAAAACUUGAUCGAUCACUAGCAUGCUUCCCUAGAGUGGCCACUUCUGCAAGCUCAGUGCUAUAAGAUGUCUAAGGUGAUCCCUUGAGGGGAACCUACAAAGCCCUAAAGGUUUCCACUCUAGGGACCACUCUAGCGCUCCUAAGUAUGCUGGCGUUGAGAAGAAUUUGCGGUUUUUCAAAAAUAACUAUCGGUCAAAGUUUUGAGAAGAGGUUUUGAAGGAAGAUAGUUAAAACUGGCACAAAAAAAAUAAAAUUAACAGAGAAAAGAAGUGAUGACCUAGGUUCAUUCAAUUUCAGGCCUACUACGCCAUUUUUGGAAGCGGCGAUUUCCUGCCAGACUUUUAUGUGAUGAAAAUGGUAUCGGAGUACGUUUGUGGCGGAAUGAAAAUCGAGGCGGACACUUGCGACAACUUCCUUUUCCUAAUCGGGGGCCCGGAGAGCAAUCAGUGGAAUGAGGUACAGGGAAAAGUGACAUAAUUUGUAGAUCUAGGAAUUUUUUUUCUGAACCCAUUUUUUGUGCAAAUACUCAAAAGUCGGUCGCUGGUAGAAAUUAUUGAAGAAAAAAAAAACUCAUCCGUGAAAAAAAUUUUUUAUAGCCGUUUUUCUGUUUGAAUAUCGCUUCAUUAUCAUUUUCUAAACGAUAAAUAUCUUUUAAAAUUCAAUUUUUUGCCCCAAGUCCAAGUAUCUCUGUGUAAAAAAGGGUUUUGAGUAAAACUGUUUGCGAGAAGGAUGCUUUAAAACAUUCAGUAGUAAGGAAAUCAUAAUCAAGACUGAAAUCUUCAACCUGGAAGCCAUGAAUUGAAUAAAAAGACCCCAGAAAUCACUCUGGGUCUCUGUAAGAAACAAAAAUAAUUUUAAAAAAAGUUAUGUUCCAGACCCGAGUUCCAGUUUACAUAUCUCAAAUGCCGGCCGGUACAUCGUCUCAGAACAUGAUUCAUUGGCUUCAAAUGGUUCAACAUGGAGGGAUUCCCAUGUUCAAUUUUGGCACCAAGGGAAAUAAGGCCAAAUAUGGACAGGUUUUAUUGAAAAAUGAGAGAGAGAAGGACAGUUUUUUCUCCUAUUCAAAUGAUUCAGGCAAUAAUAGUUUAUAAACUGGGAUGUAAUAAACUUUAAAAAUCUUCAAAACCGCAUUUGAACACGCUGGACGCGUAACGGCUGCGUAGCGGUUUUCUCAAAAUGAGAUUUCCGAAAAAUUUUGAACUCGAAGAAGUCUGAUAAAAUUGGGAAGCAAACUUCAACCGCAACGCGACCGCGACGCUUCGAGCCAUUCCAAAUGCGACCACGAAGUUUCAAGUCAGGGCGACCAAUAAAAAAAACAUCGCAAACACAAAAAGUAACGUAUAUCAAAAACCCUUCCCCUUGACCUAACUUCUUGCUCAUGUUACAGGCGACUCCGCCCCAAUACGACUUUUCAAAAAUCGCCGGAACUCAAAUUUACUUGUACUGGAGCCCGGACGAUUGGUUGGCCGAUGAGAAAGACAUUUUGGCGUAUCUUCUCCCGAAAUUGAGCUCUUCUGUUCUUAUCGUUAGUAUUGCCUAUGUAUUUUUAUUGAUUUAUUGAGCUUUUCAUAGGAAAAUAAUCGCCUGGAGCAUUUCAAUCACCUGGACUUUAUCUGGGGUCUCAAUGCAACGGAAUUGAUCUACCAGCCGACGAUCGACAUCUGCACCAAGGAUUAUUUGAAUCAAUAA